CACAGUUUUCCCACCUUGCAUUACCUGCAUUGUCAAUAAAAACUCCAAUGGUUCCAUUGUUCUAUUGUUGACAUUCAUUUUCAAUAAAUACUCUAUAUUAUAUAUUUCAUUUUCACAAAGAAGAAAAGAAAAAAUACAUUCUCUGAACCUUUCUUUCCCACUCUUCUCUUUUUCUUAUUUUCUUACUGCUCUGAAUUUCUCAUUUCAAAUUUAAAAAUAAAAUUAAAUAAAAAUGCCUUCAAUCCCAGAGUCAGACCUCAUUCGGCUACAAGCCAACCAGGACCAUGUCCGCAACAUCUGUAUCCUUGCCCAUGUCGACCACGGCAAAACGACUCUUUCAGACUCCCUCCUUGCCUCCAAUGGCAUUAUCUCCUCAAAGCUCGCAGGCAAAAUCCGAUAUCUGGACUCGAGAGAGGAUGAACAGGAGCGCGGUAUCACAAUGGAAUCCAGUGCGAUCUCACUCUAUUUCAAAAUCAUGCGACGUGUUGCCUCUGCUACCUCCACCUCCACCUCCACAGUGACGGAUCAGAGCAAUACUCCAACGUCUCCUGAACCCUCUGUCCAAUCCGAGUCUGCCCAAUCGCCAGCAACAGAAGCCAAGAAGAACGUCUCGGAGGAAUAUCUUAUCAAUCUCAUUGAUUCACCAGGUCAUGUCGAUUUCUCAGGAGAGGUCUCAACAGCAUCGAGAUUAUGUGAUGGAGCAUUGGUGCUUGUUGACGCUGUCGAAGGAGUGUGUACUCAGACACACACCGUACUACGUCAGGCUUGGAAAGAAUCUGUUCGUCCAGUCUUGGUGAUUAAUAAGAUUGAUCGUCUGAUCACAGAAUUGCAGUUUACUCCAUUGGAAGCAUACAUUCAUUUGAAUAAGAUUCUUGAACAGGUCAAUGCGGUCAUGGGAACUUUCUUCUCUGAGAAUGUACUGGAAGAAGAUUAUAGGAAAAAGGCAGAGAAAAAAAAGCAGCAAGGAAAUGAUGAAUCAACAUCGAGUGGUCUUGAAGACACAUUUUCGGAUUGGCAUGUUGAAACUCAGGACGAUUCACACAUUUACUUUCAUCCUUCUCAGGGCAACGUCAUCUUUGCUUCUGCCAUCGAUGGAUGGGCUUUCAGAGUGGAUCAGUUUGCAGCGAUCUAUGCUCAGAAACUUGGGAUGAAGGAAGCUGUCCUUCGAAAGUGCCUUUGGGGAGAUUUUUAUCUGGAUCCAAAGACCAAGCGUGUCAUCGGAUACAAGGGCCUGAAAGGCCGGGCAUUGAAACCUCUGGCGGUCCAAAUGGUUCUCGAAAACGUUUGGAAGGUCUAUGAGGUCGUUGUCAUCUCACCAGACAAGGACAUGACGGAAAAGGUCGUAAAGUCACUCAAUCUGAAGGUUUUGCCCAGAGAUUUGAAAUCAAGGGAUACACGGGCUGUUUUGAUCACCAUCUUUUCACAAUGGCUCCCACUUUCGACAUGUGUUUUGUUGGCUGUUGUUGAACAACUUCCUUCACCACCAGUAGCACAAAAGAUUCGAAUGCCAAAGCUAUUGCAUCCAUUCGAGGCACAACCACCGGAACCAGUGGAGGAGUGGGAGCGAGGCAUGGUGAACUGUGAUGCCUCUAGUGGUGUAGUCGCGUAUGUCAGUAAGAUGGUCAGUGUUCCCUUGGAGGUCUUGCCCAAGAACAAGCGCAAGGCCCUGACAGCUGAGGAAAUGCGACAGCGUGGAAGGGUCCAAAGAGAACAACUUAUUGCAAGCGCCAAAGCCGCUGAGGUCGGAGAGGCUGGUGUGCAUGUGAAUGUGGCCGACAUCAUUGCCAACAGAGCCCAGGCAGAGGCAGAGGAGAAGGCAGCGGCGGAUGAACUGGAAGGGAAAGAGACUUUGAUUGGAUUUGCUCGAAUCUAUUCUGGUACUGUUCGUGUUGGACAAAAGCUAAAGGUCCUCGGACCAAAGUAUGAUCCCGCACAGCCAACACUUCAUUGCAGUGAGGUGACUGUUGAUAACUUGUUUAUGAUCAUGGGUCGAGACUUGAUUGGGUUGGAGGAAGUGCCUGCCGGUAAUGUGUUUGGUAUUGGAGGGCUGGAGGGACAUGUUUUGAAGUAUGGAACUCUUUGGAGUGCAGAGUGGGAGGGCGGGCAAAAUCUGGUCAGGAAAGGACUCGAGGCUGCACCGAUUGUUCGUGUGGCCUUGGAACCCGAGAAUCCUUCACAGAUGGCGGAGCUUAUCAAGGGAUUGCAAUUGCUUAAUCAGGCUGACCCUUCAGUUCAGGUGUUGACCCAAGAGACAGGAGAACACGUUAUUCUGACCUCGGGUGAGGUACAUCUCCAGAGAUGCAUGGCAGAUUUGAGAGAACGUUUUGCGAGGAUCGAGAUCUCUAUGAGUGAACCCAUUGUACCCUUCCGUGAGACUGCUGUGGAUGCGCCAGCUCAAUUGGUAACAUCCAACGCCAUGUCAGCGAACGAAGCCUACCAGGCUCGCGAACAAGGCGAAAAGUUGAUUGCGAAGAGUGAGACAGGGUCACGAGGAACCAUUGUUGCUUUGACACCGAACAGACAUGUGCGCCUAGCGGUUAGAGCAAUCCCUAUUCCUGCUGAACUUCGACAGUAUCUUGUUGAGCAUGGUGAUCAGAUUCAACGCUAUAUCGAAAGCUCUUUGAAUAGCAGCGGCAACAGAGGACCUGGAUCACCACUGACUGUUCGUCUGACGCCUGAGGAGGAAGCUCAGGAGAGAGAGAAGCUGAUGACAGAACUUAAGCCAUUGUUUGCUAAAGCUGGAGAAGAAUGGAGAGGAAAAGAGAAGGACAUCUUGGCAUUUGGACCACGUCGUGUUGGACCUAAUCUUUUGAUCAACAAUCUCGGCAUCGAUUUCACUCGUAACAAGGCUAGUAACAACAGUAGCAGUAGCAGCGACAGUAAUAACGGUCAGAAUGAGGAGGAGGAGAACACGAUAUCUAUUCAAGACAUGGCAGAGUCUGUGCAGACUGGUUUCCAGAUUGCGACCAAUGCUGGACCAUUGUGCAGUGAGCCCAUGCUUGGCAUGGCCUUUUUCUUGAGGGAGAUUGAGAUUAUGGAGGAUACACAGGAGAGUACAGGUAACGAGGGUCGAUCCAGGAUGGCAGUAACGAGUGGUCAAGUCAUCACGACGAUGAGGGAUGCUUGUAGGUUAGGCUUUUUGGAAUGGAGUCCUCGCCUGAUGUUGGCGAUGUAUUCUUGUGAUAUUCAGGCAACAGCUGAUGUUUUAGGUAAAGUGUAUGCUGUGAUUGCGCGUCGCAAAGGCAAGAUCCUACACGAAGAGAUGAAGGAGGGAACGCCGUUCUUUACGAUCCAGGCACUUUUGCCCGUGGUUGAAUCGUUUGGGUUCGCAGAUGAUAUCCGCAAGAGGACAUCUGGGGCAGCAUCGCCUCAGUUGAUCUUUUCGCACUUUGAGGUUCUGGAUAUGGACCCGUUCUGGGUACCGAACACAAUUGAGGAGUUGGAGGAUCUGGGGGAGAAGGCGGACCGCGAGAAUGUGGCCAAGAAAUAUAUGGAUGCAGUUCGAAAACGCAAGGGACUGUUUGUAGAACAGAAAAUUGUUGAACACGCAGAGAAGCAGCGGACACUUCGAAAGAACUAAUGCAUGCACAUACACACAAACAAGCACAUUUUUAUAUACAUACACAUCCAUAUACACAUUUAUACACAAACACACAUUUAUAAAAAAAAAUAACAAAAAUAAAACAGCAAACAAUUAGACUAGACUAGACUAAUAAUAAAAAUAC